GAUUUAGGUGAGCGAGCAUCUUGAAUUUUUUGACCAAUCUUUUGCUCUGCCCCACCUCGUGGUGUUCGUCGUAUAAAUCUUCUGUGGGGGGGGUGGGAAGAGGAGACCAGGCCCGGAGCAAGAGCCGCGGUUUCAAGGAUCCUCAGGAAUCACCAAGUGUUCAAGGGCUGGUAUUGGGAGUGAAAAAAAGGAUUUUAGACGUUGCUGUUUUACCUUUGUCCUAAAAAUGUUGAGGCAGAGUUCUAGUAGAAAUCACAGAUCCAGAGGUCUGAAGCUAAAGAAGGCUCUCCAGAUAACUCUCUUGAUUCUGGUUUCUGUUUGGUUGAUCUACCAAGUUAAGCAUUCUUAUGAGAAGAAGGCGUCAUAUAGUGAAGAUGAAGGGAAUGAUCUACAUAAAGAUGAUAAGGACCAGGGGGAGGUAAUCAGAUUGAGCAGGAAGGACCUACCUCCAAAGAUGGAGGCUGAUUCUUCAACAUUGGAUGAAAAGGUGGAGGAUGAAGAGAAUGAUGAAAUGGAGCAAGAAAUGAAACAUGAUGAGAAUGAUGAGGACCCCAUCGAUGAGCAAGACCUGGAGAAGGACGAAGAUCUUCCCGAGCCUGGUGAACAUUCUGCUGACAAGGAUGGAGAUGAUGUGGGUGUGUUUGAGGAUGAAGAGCGCAAGGAGCGGUCUCAGGAGGAUCAAGAGAAGAGCUUCCAUGGUGAUAAUGUUUCUAGUGCUGUCACUCAUGAUCCCCCAUCAUCUGAGCAAGAUGAGCUGUCCCAUCAUGCCCAAGAGAAGGUCUUGUUCGUGGAUGAUGCCUCAACUGCAGUGCCUCAUGAAAACCACAAGGCCGGAAGCAAGGAGGAGGAAGUGCGCAGGGCUAGGGAGAAGAGUUUCAGAGGCGAUGAUGUGGCUAGCUCUGUGGAUCAUGAUGCCAAGGUGAAAAAACCUCUUCCAGAGGAACAAUUGAACACCAUGGAUAGGAUAUUUGAAGGCACCACAAAUUUGUCCAACGGGAUUUUAUUUCGAGGCCCUGGUGUAAAUGGAUCAAAUGCUACCGGGGAACAUGUGGCUACUCCAACUAAUACGUCUUCCCAUCAGAAUGCUGACAUUCCUAGCUUGAACCCAGAAAGCAAGACCCAUCCCACUCCAGCAAAUUUGACCAGCGACCAUGAGCAAACUAAUUCAACUUUGAAUGGUCAGCCAGAGCAGCAAGUGAAUUCAACGGUGGCGCUGCAGGGCCAAGUACAGCCUUUGACUGGCCAGACAUCAUCUGUUGAGUUGCAUUCUCCACCAAAUGGCACCUUGGCUCAGGUAACAGAUGGGCAAAAGUCCACAUCUGGAGCUGGAAAUGAUGAUAAUAACACUGAUUCAUCCUCCACCCCGGUGGACAACAAGGCUGAUGGUGAAGAUGCUCACAAAGAAGACGUGGAUGUCUCCACGAAAAUAAUGAACAGAGCCAUGAGUGAAGAAGAAGUUGUCCCUGAAUGAUAAGAAGAUGAGAUCUCUCUUAUUAGGCUCUGGUGUAACCUGUAAGUUUGUAGGGCUUGGUUUCUUCAUCUCCUAGACUCGGAGAUGCAAUGCAAGCAGGCUAUCUCUGUUGCCCCUCUUUUUGUAAAAGUGUUGGAUAGAUACCUGCCUUGUAUUGCCUAGUAGUAGUAGUACAUCGUAAUGGUCUGGGGCAAGUGAUGAACAAGAAGCCUGUACCCACAAAGAAAUAUAGCGAUUCGGCAGCUCAGAAACUUUGCUGCUGGAAUCAUGCGCCAACUAGGCUAUCAAUGAAA